CUUGUAUAUCCGGCAAAUUGGAACGCCAAUUUGACUGGUAUGUAUGGUCGAUGAAUCUUUUUCCGGCAGCCGGCGUCCAUUUUCCUUCUUGGCUUGUCUGUAGUUGGCGCGUUUCUUGUUUAUAAAAGCUUGGAUAUUUAUUUGAUAUACAAAGAAAAUUUUAGAUAUUGAAGAAAAAAUGGAAGGUGCGCCAAGUGGCAGGGGCGGAUUCAGAGGCCGCGGUGGUCCUGGUGGACCGAUGAGAGGACGCGGUGGUUUUGGGGAUAGAGGAAGGGGUGGUCUACCUAGAGGAGGUAGUAUGAUGCGAGGUGGUCGAGGUAGCGGACCCGGAGGUGGAAUGAGAGGUGGUCCACCAGGUAUUAGAGGUAGAGGCGGUCCUCCUGGUAGAGGCGGACGGGGUCACUUUCCACCAGGAGGCCCUCCAGAACCUGGGAUGGCCGGUGGUCCAGGUGGCGGCCCCCCACCUCCAGGUUUAGGUGGUCCACCAAGAGGAGGAAGUAGAGGAGGAGGAAACAGUGGUUUUCGCGGCAGAGGCAGAGGAGAUUUUGGUAGAGGAGACAGUCGUACUCCAAAUAGUAAUUUCCGUGGACGUGGUAUGGACAGAGGAAGUCGUGGUAGUUCGAGAGGUGGCUCGAGCAGAGGUGGCCCAGGUGGAAGAGGAGGUUUCGGAGAUCGUGCUAACAGAGGUGGUAGAGGUGCACCGACAAAAAGAGGAGGUGGUCCACCGGGAGCAAGUGGUCCUUCAAAGAGACCAAGAUUUGAUCAACCAUCUUCACAACCUUCUAAUGGUUAUGCAACACAACCUCCAAAUCAAGGCGGAUAUGGAGGAGGUGCUGGAAAUGCAUAUGGUGGAGGUCAACAACAACCGCCACAACAGCAACCUGUAGGAUACGGUGGAGGUUAUGGAUCGCAACAAGGUUAUGCACAGUCAUCAUAUCAAGGCUAUGAAAGCUAUCAGCAGCCACCUGACUAUGCACAAGCUGCGGGUUAUCCACCAUCAGCACCACCUGAUAGUAGGUAUGGAGGAGCUCCUGCAGUACCUGCAACCGGAGCUUUUAAUACUGGUGAUCCUUAUAGUUAUGGAAAGGCACCACCUUCAGCUAGUUACCAGCAGGAGGCAGUAGCAGCUGCGGUGGCAGGGGGUGGGGGUCCGGGUUAUGCUCCUGCUAACCCGUAUGACGACCGAUCUUCUAAUGCUACCACCAUGAUCAACAGGGGUGGUUACUCUACGCAACCUUAUGAUUACCCAAAUCAGGACGGAGUAUAUGGCAAACAGGAUUAUGGUGGCAGUGCUGGUUACCAAAACGCCCAGUCUCAGCGACGUUAUUAGAUAUUGCAUACACAACUAUUUAAUUAUAAACGUCAAAUUCUUUUAUAAAUUCGAAACUACGUCUAACGUGUGAAAUAGUUGGAUACUAAUAAUUUAUCAGUCAGAAGUAUAAUAGUAUGGAAUUUGACUGCAGUAAAAUGGAUAUACUUCGUAUAGGUAUAAGAAUUUUAUCUGCAUUAAAAAGAUGGGAAAGCAUUACAGGAAACUGUUUUUCCUAUCUUCAUCGCGCUAAUGGAAAUUAUGAACGGCGCGAGAAAAACAAGAAGUUGUUCAAUAAUAUGAUUGAAAAGUAUAAAUGACAAGAGCGUUUUAUACUUGACUAGCAGUAUAUAGUAUCUACUAUGUCAUGUUUCGCUUACACAAUUUUAUAGGAUUAAGUUUAGUUGCUGUACAGUCUUCUUCAUUCACUUUGCGUAUUGUAAAAUAAAAUCAGUUGAUAAAAUCAUUAUUGUAACUGUAAGGAUGAUGAUGUCAAGUUUUUUGUGAGAAUGAGAUUAACUUUUAAAAAAAUUUAAAUACGAAAUUAUUCAGAAAUACAAAGCUCAACACGUAUUAUGUGUAAAUCUACAUCUCCAUAGUGUAUUCUUUCUGUUUAUUUAAAAGAACUAAAUAACUAUAAUUUUAUUAGAUGAUGGUACCUUUUUGUGCGAUAAUGCGUCCAUUUUUUUAUUUGGGAUUAUCAUAACGAUAAACAAAAAUUUAUAUGUGACGAAAUUCCCAAUGUUAUAUGCGAUUUUUAGGUUGAUAUAUCAUGAUUUUGAUUAAUGAUCUUAAUGAAUAUGUACCUAUCUCCAUUAAAAAUGAGAAGAAAAACAAAAUAGUAUCGUUUUCAUAGAAAAGACUCAGUGCUAAAUUAAUUUUUACACCUUAAUAAUAAAAAUUAAGAUAUAAUUAAUGUCACACUGGCAGAGACAAUCAAGGCACAAAUAGUGAAAAUUAAACAAAAAAAAAAAAAAAAAAAUAACUAAAAAAAUUUCAAGAAAGGCAAAGAAGUGUGACUUGCUGUGAUAUUUGUGCAUGCAAAUUAGAAUUUGUCCCAGCCAAUUGUGUCUCUAAAUAUAUAUAUAUAUAUGUAUAUGUAUAUGUAUGUAUGUAUAUGUAUAUGUAUAUAUAUAUAUUAGGAUUUGGAAAUAUUAAUUGAAAAGACAAGAAAAGUUUAUAUUUAUGUUUCAUUUGUUAUAUAAAAUAAUAAUUUAAUCUACAACGAAACUGUAUCAAAAGUUAUUGUCAUAUAUAUGUAUAUUUAUACAUAUACAUAUACACAUAUAUAUGUGUGUGUGUGUAUAUGUUUAUAUAUAUAUAAAUAUAUCAUUUUCAUAGUAGUAGUAUUGAUUCAAUAUUGUAAGCAAUAGAAGAAACAUUGAAAUGGAGAAACACAAAAAAAUAUCGUGCAAAAAGCAAAUAUUUUCAUAUUUAUUAUCUCCUCACCUUCGACACAAGAUAUACGGAUCAAAGAAAAUGAAAAGCUAGCGAUGAAAUGAAAACCAGCAUCUGCCCUAGGAAAUCAUCAAAACGAAUAAAUUGGGCACCAGGUGUACACAUUAAAAUGUCCCCAGCUCAAAUGAGCAGCAUAUAGACGUACAAGUAACGUAGGUAUGAGCUUUUGUUAAAAAUGAUAAUUAGAUAUUAAUCACUAUUAUUAUUUGGUAAUAAUAGUAGUAAUAAUAAUAAUAAUAUAUUAUAAUAAUUAUCAUAAUUAUAAUCUGUAGAAGUGUCAUUACUUUUUAUUAUAGAGAUCAGUUAAAAUAAUUCUUUUAUCACACUAAAUGAGAUUCACUAAAGCGCACAUAUAAAUAAUAAUGACAAAUAAUAGGCAUAUCAAGAUCUUGACAAAAAACUAAGUUUAUUUCACAGGCGUAACAGCAACCUGAGAAACUUAGGAAAGAGAAUGAAAGAAUGAGAAUACCUUCCCUCCAUUACCACGAAGGAGAUACCAAUACUGAUUAAAAAAAAAAAAAAAUAAAAUAAAA